AAAAUGUUGGAAGUCUCUCUCCGCCUGUCACACUGUUCAGAAUACUUGGAUAAGGAUUUUUUAACACACACAUCACCAUCUAUUCUGUUUUGUUAGCUGCAGCUACGGCGAACAAACUUUCACAAAACUCUGAAGAAUCAAUGGCGGGUGAUAGCGAAGAAGAGCGAGAUGGCUUUAACCAUACGCCGUUACGAAUCCCCGGAUUGCUUUAUGUUUCGGUGAAGAUGGAGAAUCCCAAUCUCACUCUCUCUGGGGACCUUCUUCCUCACGUAUCAGGCUCUUUUCCUUUAGGCCCUUCUUGGGAUCCUUCCAAAGCUCUUUCUAUGGAACGGGAAUCCGCGACUGUGUGGGAGUUGAGCUUUGUUGUUCCGCCUAAUCACGAAGCUUUAGAGUUUAAGUUCCUUUUGAAGCCCAACUGCAUCGAUAAUCCUUGUUUUGUUGAGGAGGGUUCAAGCAGGGUACUAGUCGGUGGAGCAUGGCAAGAUGGUGACAGGAUGGCUUUGUUUAGACUUGAUAAUGAUCAAGUUCUUGAGUAUCGAGUAUUUGUGGAAGCAAAAAGGAUUUCUCCCUUUGAUCUUGCAGCUAGUUGGAGGGCUUAUCAGGAGAAUUUCCGUCUUUCGUCUGUACGCGGGAUACCUGAUGUCAGCAUAAAUUCAGAACAUCAGACAGGCAAUGAGAACAUCUCAUCUGCAAAUUUAGAGCUUGAUCUUGAGCAUUAUAUUGUUCCAUCUCCCUCAACUUCUCCAAGUUCAGCACUUGCAUAUGCUGCUAACAGUACAGAGAAUCCCAGAUCACUAGGUGGUGGGUCUGCCAGCAUUUCAUCUUCCAUGGGAGAUGACGGUGUUCCUAUGAUCAAUCAACCAGAAACAGUGGGAGAGGUUCAUGCACCUGAUCAGUCUAAGGUGUACCAAAGUCCUGGAAUGGUUAAAUCGCAGUCCGUGGGAACAAUUUGUCCUCCACAGAAAGAAGGUAGUCUGAGGGGAGUUUCUAUUGACAGGGGUGUAGGAUUUCCCAGACUUGUAAAAUCCUCUAGUUCUGAUGCGUUCACUACAAAUUUUAAUUUGGACCCUGUUACUAAGAAUUCAAUUCCAGCGGCUGCUGGAGCUGUUGCAGCUGCUGCAAUUGCUGAUCAGAUGCUAGGUCCCAAGGAGCAUAGGCAUUUGGCAAUUGUCAUGGUGAGUUUGCCAGCUCGAGGCAAGACUUACACUGCAGCUAAGCUUACAAGAUAUCUUCGAUGGUUAGGUCAUAAUACAAAACACUUCAAUGUUGGUAAGUAUCGUCGCCUUAAGCACGGCUCUAGUCAGUCUGCUGAUUUCUUUCGAGCUGACAAUCCUGAAGGUGUGGUAGCACGUAAUGAGGUAGCCAAGAUGGCAUUUGAAGAUAUGAUAUCUUGGAUGCAAGAAGGGGGCCAGGUUGGGAUAUUUGAUGCCACAAACAGUAGCAAGCAGCGAAGAAACAUGCUCAUGAAACUGGCUGAAGGUAGAUGCAAGAUCAUUUUUUUGGAAACAAUAUGCAAUGAUGUAGACAUAAUUGAGAGGAAUAUACGCUUUAAAAUUCAGCAAAGCCCUGACUAUGCCGAAGUACCAGAUUUUGAGGCUGGGUUGCGGGACUUCAAAGAACGUGUAGCCUAUUAUGAGAAGGUUUAUGAGACAGUAGAAGAAGGAUCUCACAUAAAAAUGAUUGACAUGGCCAGUGGACAUGGAGGGCAAAUACAAGUUAACAAUAUCAGUGGCUACCUACCUGGUCGGAUAGUCUUUUUCUUGGUAAAUACACAUCUUACACCUCGCCCAAUAUUACUUACCCGGCAUGGAGAAAGUCGGUUUAAUGUGAGAGGCAGAAUUGGAGGAGACUCUGCAUUAAGUGAGGCUGGAGAACUUUAUAAGAAGAAGCUUGCUAAAUUUGUUGAAAAGCGUCUCAAAUCAGAACGAGCUGCUUGUAUAUGGACUAGUACACUGCAGCGAACAAUUUUGACAGCAGGACCAAUUGUUGGAUUUCCCAAGAUACAAUGGCGUGCACUUGAUGAGAUAAAUGCUGGUGUGUGUGAUGGCAUGACAUACGAAGAGAUCAAGAAGAACAUGCCAGCGGAGUACGAAUCACGCUAUAAGGACAAGCUUAGGUAUCGUUAUCCUCGUGGAGAGUCUUACUUGGAUGUUAUUCAAAGGUUAGAACCUGUAAUUAUUGAGCUUGAGCGGCAACGGGCACCUGUUGUUGUGAUAUCUCACCAGGCAGUUCUGAGGGCAUUAUAUGCUUAUUUUACUGACAGGCCUUUGCAAGAAAUUCCAGAUAUUGAGGUGCCCCUCCAUACAAUAAUAGAGAUAAACUUGGGAGUUACAGGUGUGGAAGAGAAAAGAUACAAACUAAUGGACUGAAAGAAUAGCUGGAGGAGAGAAGAAUCUUGGGGGAUGGAAUAGAUUUAAGUGACCAUUUUUGGUUUUAUAUGAGAAAAAAUAACUAUUGUCAUGUAUAUUGUAAAAUCCUGAACGAAAAACCCCUUUUAAUAAUUUAUAUGAGCAUCCUUUAGUUCUAGUUUG